CAGCCAUGAACCAGGCUUUCUGGAAAGCUUACAAGUCCAAAGUGCUGCAGACUCUGGGUGGAGAAUCUGAAGAGGACCUGGCAGAGGAGAGGGAGAACCCAGCAUUAGUGGAGUCUGAGACGGCAGAACCCCAGGAGGAGGCCUUCAACCCCAUGUCACAGCUGGCUCGAAGGGUUCAGGGGGUUGGAGUGAAAGGCUGGCUGACAAUGUCAUCUCUAUUUAACAAAGAAGAUGAGGACAAACUGCUGCCACCAGAGCCCUGUGCUGAUCACCCGCUGGCGGCGCCCCCCUCCGCGCGGGCGGCCGCAGCCGAGACAGAGCCGCGCGGGCCGGGAUUCUGGGACGCAUUCGCCAGCAGAUGGCAGCAGCAGCAGCAGGCCGCCGCGUCCAUGCUGCGCGGCGUGGAGAGCACCGCUGAACCGGACGCGGAUCCCCGGGACAAGUCUGCCGAGGAGGCUGCCGAGUGCCCCGAGACACGGGAGGUGGACCCCGCGGCAGGCUUCAAGUGGGGUUUCCUCACCCACAAACUGGCAGAGAUGAGGGUGAAGGCCGCGCCCAAGGGCGACUAGUGGGCGCCCGCCCUUCUCUGCCUCCCAUUAAAACUCCGGGAUCUGCACCCAGUGUGACUGUAAUUUACACCCCCCCACACACAACAGGAAAAGCUGCUUUUAGGUGGGCGAUCUCAGGCGGGGUCUAGCUAAAGGGUUCCUCGCCUUCUUUCCCCGACAGAAGUGCUAGACACUCCAUGUGGCAGGAUGGGUGACCUUAGAUUUUACAACU